AUAGAAAUCAGCUUUAUGUUGCUUAUUAUUCUGUAUUAGCUAUAAUUUUUUUGGAAUUUUUCAAUAUAUAUUAUUGCGACAGGAGUUCUUUUGAUUGAUUUUACAGGGUCGGUUGUGUGGUGUUUCGCUAAGCUGCGAUUGAGUUAGGUAAGAGUCGGAGAUAGCAACGAUGGUGAAGCCGAAAAUUGCGCCGUCUAUGCUGUCAUCGGACUUUGCAAAUUUGGCAUCGGAGGCGGAGCGGAUGAUCCGCUGCGGUGCCGAUUGGCUGCACAUGGAUAUUAUGGAUGGUCACUUUGUGCCGAACCUCACAAUUGGUGCUCCAGUUAUUGAGAGUCUGAGAAAGCACACAGAGGCAUACUUAGAUUGCCAUCUAAUGGUCACAAAUCCUCUAGAUUACGUUGAGCCAUUAGGAAAAGCAGGUGCUUCUGGUUUUACUUUUCAUGUGGAAGUCUCUAAAGAUAAUUGGCGAGAACUUGUGCAAAAAAUCAAAUCAAAAGGUAUGAAGCCUGGCGUUUCUGUGAGGCCUGGAACCCCUAUUGAAGAAGUGUACCCACUACUUGACGAUGAAAAUCCUGUGGAGAUGGUUCUUGUCAUGACUGUGGAACCUGGAUUUGGUGGGCAAAAGUUUAUGCCAGAAAUGAUGGAUAAGGUGCAUGCUCUACGGAAGAAGUACCCAUCACUUGAUAUAGAGGUAGAUGGUGGUUUAGGCCCUUCAACCAUAGAUUUGGCAGCUGCAGCAGGAGCAAACUGCAUUGUGGCUGGAAGUUCUGUGUUUGGAGCUCCGGAUCCUGCUCAUGUUAUAUCACUAAUGCGCAAGAGUGUAGAAAAUGCCCAGACGAAUUAAUUGAUACUACGGCGGACAAGAAGUCCAGAAAGUGAGAAGAACCAGCAGUAAAGAAGAGAGCUUUGAUGAGAUUGCUGAGGUCUCUGGAGGGGUUGACAAGGUGCAAGGCCAUUAAUGAUAAGAAAUCCCACAAUUUCGCCGUGGAAUCUUGAGGAAACAAUUAAUCUUUUGGUUCCACUGAAAUGUGCCUGCCCAUCUUCAGUUGAAUUCAGAAAGUUUUUGCUGUCUUAUCCUGCGAGAGAUGGUGAUAAACUUGCUGAAUUGUCAAUAGAGUUCAAUUAUGUUGUGUUACUCCUGAAACCAUAGUUUCUGCGAAUAAAACCCAUAUUGCAAUCAGACGAUGCAGAGGAAUUGAGGGACGGAUGGAUAGUUUAUUAGGGGAGAAUUAUUGAUUUGAUGGAGCAGUGAUGUCGGCCAAUGUUGCCUGGAAGACGACCGGCCAAGUGCUGGAGAAAUCGUGGAGAAGUUGCCGAGGUUGGUCUUGGUGGAAGAAUUGGCAGAAGAAGUCCAAUUCAACAUCUGUGAAAACACAUGCAAACCAAUUGUCAAGCCAACUCAAAGUGAAAUUAGCAUCCCAAUUUUUAUCUUUCCAAA